UUGCAUAAUUAAAUACUAUAAAUAGUAGGCGGAUAUCUCCACCUAAACAUACUGAAGUGGAUUGAACUAAAUUGGACUUCACUAUCUGACCAACAAUAUGGAUCUCAAUCAUCUUUUCAAUUCACUCUCUCCAUCAUGGACUUCGGCUGCUAUGUUGCUAUCUUUUUUUCUUUAUUUAGCAACCGUUGGAUCUAUUCUACCUGGAAAACUUGUUCCUGGUGUGACUUUAUCUGAUGGAACUCGUCUUCAUUAUCGUUGCAAUGGCUUGUUAUCACUUCUGUUGUUGGUUUUGCUUCUUGGAGUUGGGUCUCAGACGAAUCUUGUUUCACCUACUGCAAUAGCAGACAGAGGACUUGAGCUUUUGUCCACAACAUUUAUCUUUAGUGUUUAUGUGACAUUCAUGCUUUAUUUGGUUGGAUGCAACUCACGUGCAAAGAGUUCAUCACUGAAACCUCAUGUCUCAGGAAAUCUAAUCCAUGACUGGUGGUUUGGGAUACAACUAAAUCCUGAAUUCAUGGGCAUUGAUCUCAAAUUUUUCUUUGUUAGAGCUGGUAUGAUGGGAUGGUUACUUAUCAAUCUCUCAGUUCUUGCAAAAUGUAUUCUAGAGGCCAAAUUAAGCCAAUCCAUGAUUCUCUACCAGCUAUUUUGUGGGCUGUACAUCCUUGACUACUUCUUCUAUGAAGAGUUCAUGACCUCCACAUGGGAUAUAAUAGCAGAGAGGUUGGGCUUCAUGCUGGUUUUUGGUGACCUAGUCUUUAUACCGUUCACCUUCAGUAUUCAGGGUUGGUGGCUUUUGAGUAACAAAGUGGAGCUAACAACAGCAGCAAUAAUUGCCAAUUGCCUUGUCUUUCUUAUUGGGUACAUGGUGUUCAGAGGAGCCAACAAGCAGAAGCAUAUGUUCAAAAAGGAUCCCAAGGCACCCAUAUGGGGUAGUCCUCCAAAAGUUAUUGGCGGGAAGUUGCUUGCUUCUGGCUAUUGGGGCAUUGCACGGCACUGUAAUUACCUUGGGGAUUUGUUGCUGGCGUCGUCUUUUAGUUUGCCUUGUGGUAUAAGCUCCGUGGUUCCAUACUUUUACCCCAUAUAUCUUCUUAUUCUGCUAAUAUGGAGGGAGAGAAGGGACGAAGCUAGAUGUGCGGAGAAGUACAAAGACGUGUGGGCAGAAUAUCGUAAACUUGUUCCUUACAGGAUCUUACCUUAUGUUUACUAGCUCAAUCGUGCAUUAGAGUCGGGAUUAGCCUCGAUGUUUGUACCAUCAAAGCAAGAGAAGAGACAAGUGCUGGAAAGGAUAUUAAAUCAUAACAGGGUUAUAGCUCUAAUUAAGCCGCUUUCUCAUCUCCUCUACGGAAGUAAUCUUCUAAUCUGUUUCUGUUAGGAUCAACGUUGAAUCGGGUUGUAGCUGAUUGCUUUGCUUUUGAAAGUUCUUUCCGAACCAACUUGUACACUAGAUUACUUUAUCAUGGCUGAUUUUAAAUAAAAAUUUAUGUGCUUCUUGUAUUUAAUGCAAACUCAUCAUUUCACA